AGAGAGAGAGAGAGAGAGAGAGAGAGAGAGAGACUGGUCCGAGUAAACAGGCUGUGUUGAAGAACCAAUCGGAGAGCGUCAGACAACCCUCCACCGGGGAGCGCUCCGCCCGUUUGUUUCGCGCGCGCGGAGGGCGUUCAUCUGCGCGUGGUUCUUCCAGCGGACGCACGAGCCGAGGAGCAGGAUGCCACCAGCGACCCCGCGUCUCAUAUCCCCCCGUUGUUAUUAGUCUGACGGCGCGGAACAACACAGAUCCACUCGGAGCCUUCGCUAAUACAGGACCGUCGGAAAGACGAUGAGCGUCCGCCCGGCUGCCCAGGACGGCUCCCCCAGAGGGGAGGCUGCAGGCCCGGGGAGGAAGUGUGACAGCGGCGCGGCGGCUGGAUCCCCGCGGCACCAGCAGCAGCAGCCACCCAACCUCCGCACCAAGGAUGCCCGCUUCCAGCACCAGCAACAACAGAGGCACCACCACGGAGGGCCGCAGCUCCGGCAGCCGUCCUCCGCACACUCCGAGCCGGCCGACACGGUGCGCCGGGCGCUGGACUUCAAGACGCAGGGCACCCAAUGCUACAAGGACAAGAAGUACCGGGAGGCCAUCGGGAAGUACCACCGCGCUCUGCUGGAGAUGAAGGGUCUGUGUCGCGUGCUGGGAGACCCGGACACUGGCUCUGCUGGGACCGGGUCCAGCACCCCCAAGUCCCCGCCUUCGCUCCUCCUGACGAGCCGCGGAAAGUCCAGCCCGCUGACGGAGGAGCAGGAGGGGGCCGUGGAGAACGCGGAGCUCGAGUGUUACAACAGCCUGGCGGCCUGCCUGCUGCAGAUGGAGCUGGUCAACUACGAGCGAGUGAAGGAGUAUUGUCUCAAGGUGCUCCGGAAGGAGGGGGAGAACUUCAAGGCCCUGUACCGCUCCGGCGUGGCCUAUUACCACCUGGGGGACUUCCAGAAGGCCCUGCACUACCUCAAGGAGUCCCACAAACAGGAGCCGUCCGACACCAACGUCAUCCGCUACAUCCAGCUGACGGAGCUGAAGAUCCGACGCACCGCCCAGCGGGACAAGAAGGAGGCGGCAUGAACCCCGGUUGGCCUCAGAAACCGCACCACCCUCCCCCCAAACCCCAACCCCAUCCACCGACCCACCCCAACCGAGACCCCUCACCAAACCCCCAUCACCCCCAACCACCACACCACCCGAGCCCAAACACCAACCAGGUCCAACUACCAACCAUCAACCCAGCCCAACCACCAACCCGCUCCACACACCGACUGUGACCACCCAGACCUUACACGCACCGUGCCGUCGGUGUAGCUACAAAGAUGCGUCAGCUCUCCCCCCGGUAAAGUUAGGAAGACAUCGGACCUUUAUUCGGACGACCCCCGUCGCUUUCCAACCUCACCCGGGCGUUUGUCUCUCACCUCGCUCGAGCUACACGCUAACCCUUUCCCUCGAGGGUGUUGUGAAUAGCGUUUAACCCCGUAACCCUCUCGCAGUAGUCGUAGGCUUGUGUAAAAAAAAACGCGCUCCGUGCUGCCGUCUCGCCGGUGUGGAGGAGUGCGACACACUGCCAGUCAAAACAUCGCACUCUCAGCCCCCACCCAGCCGGAGUCCGUGGGCGACCAGAGCAGCUUCGCGUUCACACCUUCCCUUUACUCAACAUGUUUUUUUUAUUGGCAUGGCGUGCGUGUGGGUGUGUGCGCAUUUGUAUUUCUGUGUGUGUGUGUGUGUGUGUGUGUGUGUGUAUGUGUCUGUGUGUCUGUGUGUGUGUGUGUGUGUGUGUGUGUGUGUGUUUUUGUGUGUCGGAGAGUGUGCGAGUGUGUGUGGUUGUGUUUCAGAAAAAACAUCUACUUUUAAGUCAACUGAACAGUAUUUUUAAGAAGGACUACGACAUAUAUACUGUCGAUAGGCCAAAUAUCUAAGAACAAAGUUGCGUUUUCCGGUGAAAAAGGGACUCUUCCUUGAGGGUAAAAACCCGACCAGUGUUUGGGUUGGCUGUGUGUUAACCAUAUCACACAUUCUGUGUAUAUAUGGGAUGGCCCAAUAUUUCUUUGGUUAGCUGUGUGUUAAACAUAUCACACUCUGUGUAUAAAGUGUAUGAGCUAGCCUGGCCAACUUGCAAUGGGUGCCGCUAUGAUUGGAGAUGGACGUCAUUCUUGUCCUGUUUUCUUAAUGCCAAACCAAGCACUUAAAUCACAUUGCAUAAGAUAUAUGUACAAGCACACUGUCAACAGAUCUAUGUAAUAAAGAUAUCUACUGAUUAAAAAUUAUUUACUUGUU